UCGCCUUGUACCCAGCGGUAGAAGUCAGGGGACUUGUCAGGACCCGCCCUGUACAAUCAACAGCACCGCACGGAGUUGACAAGUGCGCCCUCCCCCAUCAACGUCGUUUGACAUAUACCCAUCGUUACAGGAUUCGCCUCUGGAAGUUUUUAAAAAGGCAAGCUCAAAGCCACAUAUUAUACUGUAUGUGCAGAACACGUGCGGGGGGACAGCCUACAGAGAUUGGUUCUUCUACAAGACAAUCCCUGCUUUUUUCUUCUUCAUUUGGAGACAAUUGAUGUGCAUGCGUAAAACGACAUUUGAAAGCCCAAAAGGAGAAGACUCGGGUUAUUUCGCGGUGGACAAUCUAAACUCGAAUAUAAUUGGACAUUUGACACAAUAAAGACAACGCAGACACUUCGCCCGGGUGAAGAGUGGAACCUUAGCAUCUGAUACAGUGAUUGAGGGACUUUUAUGCACGCAGGCAGUGGCCACCUGUAGAUGGUGACUCUUUCAAGGACUUUUGCCCCAAAACCCCAAUGAUCGAAAGCAUUGCAAGCGUUCCAUGCAAUACACAUAGUAGUUGAUUAUAGUUGUUUUAUGUUUGCAAUCAUUUUAAUUUGAAACAAUAUGCUGGUUAGUUUUUCACUCCUGGCAACGCUUCUCCUAAGCGAGUCGGGUUGUUUGGGCUCGUUCGUACCGUGCGAACCGUGUGACCAGAAGGCUAUGUCGAUGUGUCCGCCAGUGCCGGUGGGAUGCCAGCUGGUGAAGGAGCCUGGCUGUGGUUGCUGCCUGACUUGCGCGCUCCCCGAGGGCCAGUCGUGCGGGGUGUACACGGGGACUUGCACGCACGGGCUCCGAUGCCUGCCGAAGAGCGGGGAGGAGAAACCGCUGCAUGCGCUCCUCCACGGGAGAGGAGUGUGCGCCAACGAGAAGAUGUACAAGCCGCUGCAUCCAGGCAGGGACGGUUAUUCUCCAGAGGAAGCUAUGUUAGCAGAGGUUCCAGAGUCCCUGCUGCCCCAGGCCAAAGUGCCUCUGUACGGGGGCAGAGACCACAUCAGCAGCCGCAAGGCUCAGGCCAUGAGACAGGCUAAAGACCGCAAGAGACAGCAGGCCAAGCUCCACUCUGUCAGCCGCCUUGACUACUCAACCCUCGCCCUGGACAAACUACAGCCUGAGUUUGGACCCUGCAGGAGAAAGCUGGACGGGAUCAUUCAGAGGAUGAAAAACACAUCUAGAGUCCUAGCUCUGUCCCUAUACCUUCCCAACUGUGACAAGAAGGGAUUCUUCAAGCACAAGCAGUGUAAACCAUCACGUGGGCGGAAGCGGGGGAUCUGUUGGUGUGUGGACCGUUUUGGCGUGCAGCUCCCUGGCACUGACUACAGUGGAGUGGACAUCCAGUGCAAAGACCCGGAGAGCAACAGCAACAAAAACGAAUGAGCGAUGGCCAAUUUGCUCACCUGACAUGAGCCAAGGCCCGCCUCCCUUCACCCCUACUCCUGCAAAUCACAUGUACAUGCAAAAUAUGCAAAAGCCAAUCAAAUCAGGAAAGCAGGGCACAGAUACAGUACAUGCACAUGGUUUUAAACUAUACAUCCACCUAUACUGAGAUGACCUAUAACCUCCCUUUAAAGCACAUAUAACAAUGUUCUCUGAUAUAAAUUAUAUUAGAUUCUGUUUAAAUAAAAUUUUAAGGCUAAAGAGUAAAGCUCAUCUUUUUCACCAAUGUUGUUAUCGUGAUGUUGACAGGAACUCUUUACUGGGGAGCACAGUAAUCUGGGGUCGUAUUUAAACGGAACUGUUCUUUUGGUCCAAAUGUUUGUCCCUUCAGAGCACUCCCUACAAGAGAACCUCAGUGAUUGAAAGUACUUUACUGUCUCAGUUUGGGUCUAUGUCCUUAUAUGUCCUUCUGAGUGCGAUGAGAUGAGAAGAGCUUUUUUCAGUCCUGCCUUUCUUCCACUUUGUCUCACAGAUUGUUCUGAGUUGAGGGUCUUAAGAACUAGUAACUGCUCGUAUACAGUAGGUUGUUACAGGGUAGUUACAGUAGCUAUCUUAAUAAACCCAUCAACUGCUACUUCUGAUGGGUUGUGUCUCAAUAUAGUUUCAUAGGGGUGACUGUAUGAAAUGACUGUGUGUGUGUGCCUCCUAUACUUUCUCCUUUAGUAGUCUGUAUUGUGCCUUACCUUCCGUCAAGUAUAGAAAAAAGAUCACCUCAAAAACACAUCAUGACAGUCAUUUGCUUGUUUUGUCAUUUAUAAAUGACAGCCAAGAAAGUACAGGUGCUUUGAAAAGUCCAACACAGGCUCAAAUCGCAUGCAAAUGUUGCACGCCGUUUCUAUUGACUUGUCGAAGCCUCCUGUCUUACCACAACACAGUCUUCUGCCUAGGACUCUACUGUAUGACCCCUGGAAAGGUGUGGAUCUUUGGGUUUCUAUGGAAAUCUCAGUGCCUUCUCUCUCUCUCAUGACUUUGAAUCCAGAUGUACAUCCAGAUUAUCAGGCCUUGUCGUUGACAGAGGACAUUUUAGCAGUAUGUGGAUGUGGAGAUUGGUUGCUAGAGACCCAUGAGUUGACGAGUGUGAAGAUAUAAGUCUCCACGAUAUAAGGCCGUGAUGAUACUUUUUGAUCCUACGUCCCGUUUGUGAACAUGAUGUUCAAUUAAAUCAAAUCAUUUUAUUGAAGCUCAAAACAAUUGUCAGAUAUUUUGUUUACAUUCCUUGAAAUUGACAUCCCAUUUUUAAAGGUAUGGUAAAAUGCCAAUAGCUUUGACAGGGGCUGUGUGUACAGCCUAUGCCUGCCACUAGAAUGCAUAGGAGACUUGGAAAGGUUUCUCAACUCAGUCUUAAGCUGGCUUGUAUGAAAGACCAUGAAAUCUCAAACAUUCCAUAUUCGUGAUAAAAAAGCAAAUAGGUAACAAUUUACUCAAAGUCAAACGGUAUAAUGCUUCUUUGCUGCAAUUUUUGAACAGGCUAAAAAUAUCUGUUUAGUCAGGGUCCAUCAGAGACGAUGGUAAGACGUUAUAAGAGGGUCAUACAUGCUUAUGACAAUUCUUUCAAUGCAAUACACCUGUUGGCUUUAAGUGAAGUGUUACUAACAAAUCUAUGUGAAUAUAACAGAUAUGUCAUAUUUAUUCACUGUGUAAUUGAUGUACUUUAACCUUGUCUUUUUUGUAACGACAAAGCAUUUAUUUAAAUAAAGUUAUGUAUUGAUGUAUGGGAA